AUGUCAGGUCAAGGUGAAGGUUCAGGGAAAGGAAAAAAAAAGAAUGACGAAAAGUCAAGAGAAGAAGUCUUAGCCGAAAGAGAAGCUGCAAAAGAAGCCAAAAAGGCAGCCAAAUUAGCAAAACAGGCCAAAGCUGCAUCGGGAAAUAAAAAAGCUGGUGGUAAUGAGAACACCCCUGGACAGUCUUCAUCUGGAUCGAACAGGCAAGGUGGUGGUGGAAGUGGACCUUCAGGCAAUGAAGGUGCUGCACAUAAUUCAUCCUCUUCAGGGUCGGGAAGAGGUGGUCCAGCUGCUCCGGGCAAUACAGCAAACACACCAAGACCUAGAAGCCAAGCAGGACCUAGUCAAUUGCAACCUGGAUCACGACCUUCUACAGCCUCAGGACAAGCUGCUCCUGGCAAUACGGCCAAUACAGCAAGACCUAGAAGCCAAGCAGGACCUAACCAAUUGCAACCUGGAUCACGACCAUCUACAGCCUCAGGACAAGAUCGGAUAACAGGUCAAUCAAUUGGUGAGAAAGGAUUCGGAGGAGGAUCAAAUGCAACACCCGCAAAACCUUCAAUUUUAGGUGGAAUUGCAUUAUUUGGAAAUGUUGCAGUUGCAAAAACUGCUCCUGAAAUGAGACAACAUAUAGUUUCAGCUUCUUAUCGUGCACAAAUUCAUCCUUCCGUUUUGAAAACUUCUCAACAUCUUGCUUCUUUUAGUAUCGUUGGCGCAGAUGCUCGUGCGAUCGCGGUAUUGAAAGCAUUGAGAGACUUUAUCGUCGAUUAUCGUACACCUCCAGGAGCAGUACUCAAUCGUGAUCUGGUGACCAAAUUAGGACCACAGAUUGGAUUCUUAGUUAAUGCAAGACCUUUAGGCGCAAGUGCAGGACAUGCAAUUCGUUAUCUGAAAUAUGAGAUCAGUGUCACUCCAGUAGAUCUGGAUGAGAUUCAAUCGAAGAAUCACAUCGUUUCACGGAUCGAUCAUUUUGUACGGGAUCGUAUCACAUAUGCAACCCGUGUCAUUGCUACAACUUUGGCAUCUGGAAAGCUAAAAAAUGGCGCAGUCGUUCUCACAUUCGGCAAAAGCAGUGUUGUACAGCAAACUCUAAUCGAAGCAUGGCAACGCGGAACGCGAUUUUCAGUCAUUAUUGUUGAUGCCAGACCGUUGUGUGAAGGCCGUAAACUACUGGCAAGCUUAACAGAAGUGGGCAUCCCGUGCACCUAUGGUUUACUAACAAGUCUAAGCACUUUAGUAUCUAGAGCGUCGAUUGUUCUGCUAGGAACAGCUUCUCUUCUAGCAAAUGGAGCUUUGUAUGCCCGUGCGGGAACGGCCCCUUGUGCCAUGAUGGCCAAAGCCAAAGGUGUGCCGGUGAUCGUUUGCUGUGAAACAUAUAAGUUCAGUGAACGUGUUCAAUUGGACGGUUUCGUAGUGAAUGAAGCAGGAGAUCCAAGUGCAAUCUUACGACCAAGACAAAUCACAAAGCCAUCUUCCACAAUUCCAAACGCUGAUGCUUUGUCGUUAGAAGAUGAUCAACAAGGACCUCUAGCUGAAAUGAUCACCAAGGAAGAAUGGGAGAAAUCAGACGCUUUAGGCGCUGUAAAUCUGUUGUACGACCUCACCCCGCCACGAUACGUUACUGCUGUGGCCAGUGAAGUUGGUCUAAGUGGACCGGAAAGUGUUGGUGUGAUCUUACGUGACUAUAAGAGUGUUUUGUAUGGUCAAUAGGACCGCCUUAAUAAUGUCAUGCCUUU